GUCAGCGUUUUUGCUCAUUAUUACCGCGCUUCGGGAGACCGGCGGAAAGCAGUGCACCUAUACAGAAGACAGAAUGAGGCAACGGAAGUCUGAAAACAGAUGUGGGAAUAAAGUAGAGUCAAACCCUUCAACUAAAAAAGAAGAAUCAAAGAAUGAGACAAGUGGAAGCUGGUGGGGUUUGCUCAAGUAUUCCUUACUGCUGUUAGUUCCUGGUUUUCUCAAUCACGCAGCACUUUAUCGUGAGGAUGCAGCACUUAGACCACAAGGGGAACUCUAUGACAUUGGUUGGAAACAAAAACUGUUUAUGGGUUGUUUAGGGCGUGGUCCACCCACUGUUAUUCUAGAUGCACCAACAGGCAAAUCAUCAGAUGUCUGGGCCUUGAUUACUCCUCAUAUCGCCAAGGUGGCUAAAGUUUGUGUUUAUGACAGAGCAGGCCUUGGCUUUAGUCAAAGACCUUUGGUGAAUUGGUCUGAGCCAGAACAGGCCAAACGAGGCAAGCUUUCAACGAGUGAGAGAAUGGUGGAAGAUUUUCAGCGACUUUUCACUCUAAGUUCUGAUCAACCACAACCCUUUAUACUAGUUGGAGCUGAGUUGGGUGCUGUAAAUGCAAGAUUUUAUACUCAGAUGUUCGAGAACAAUGUUGCAAGCCUAGUAUUAAUUAAUCCCCUUGAGGAGGGAAUGUUUGGGGAUGAUUGGACGAAGGUGUGGUUUGAACAAUAUGUGUCUUCUCAACAAGUUUUACAGUUUUCUGCUGCUACAGGAAUCACAAGAUUAGCUCUAAUCCUUGGUUUGAUGAAAGUUCCAUUGCAACAUAAACUAUUGCCAGAAAACGUAACAAUGCGUCAAAAGUAUCUUCUAUGUAAACCAGGUCAUCUAAGUUCAGGAGUUGAUGAGUUUUUCUUUGCAAAUGAAAGCUUAGCACAGAUAAGAAUGGUGCGGAAAAUAAAACCAUUUCCGCAGUCAGUGGAUGUGUCUAUCAUCAGCAGUGCUGUGUAGGAUGACAGAUUGGAAGGGAACUUACAUAAGGUUUGGUCCACAGCACAAGAUCAGAUAUCAAAUGUUUUACAUCCAGGAAGUGAAAAAAUUCGUCUUUCAGGAAGUGCUCAAUCUGCACUUUUACAACAUUCUGAAGUUGUUGUGAAAGUUAUUACAAAACAUGUUCGUAAAUGGAGGCAAAAACAGCACAAACCAAAAAGCUCCUGAUACAUCACCUCAAAUUUACUUCAAGACUGUUUUAGACUGAAUUUUUAGUGUAAUUGCAUCGAAUAAAAAGUUAGUGAACUCUG